AUGGAUGCUUGGGGUGCUGCCCCCCACCAACCCCCGCUCCCGGCGGCAAGGCAUCACCCGCUCCCACGCCUUAACAACAAGAGCAGCGCAAGAAUCGGACGAAGGGACCUGGUGCUGAGGAGCAGCGAGCUCGCCACGCUCGCCGCCAUCUUCCACUUCAGUGGCACAAAGCCGAGCUACCUUGGCGUGCAGAAGAGGCCCCCAUCCCUUGCGCUGUGCCCGGCGACCAACAACUGCGUGUCCACGUCGGAGAGGAUAAGCGACUCCAAUCACUACGCUCCCCCAUGGAAUUACAAUCCCAAGGAUGGCCCCAGAGGUAAACCCAUAAGCAAAGAUGAGGCCAUGAAAGAGCUCAUUGAAGUUGUGACCAAGACAAAGCCAGACAACUUCAGUCCUCGUGUGGUAGAGAAAGGAGAUGACUAUGUUCGAGUUGAAUACGAGAGCCCUAUAUUCGGGUUUGUAGAUGACGUCGAGUUCUGGUUCCCUCCUGGCAACAAAUCAAUCGUUCAGUACCGAUCGGCGUCUCGGUCAGGAUUCAUCGACUUUAAUGCUAACAAGAAGAGAGUAAAGGCACUGAGAUUGGCACUGGAAAAGAAGGGCUGGGCUUCAGAAAGCACCUUUGAAUAUGAAUCAGCAUAG